GUCCUCAUUUUCUGUAGGGAGUUCGUUUGUACACAGGCUGUAGAUGUCGGUAUAUACACAUAUGUAUAUUGUGUUCUUGUGGAAGUAACAGUUGGUUGGACACGCGAGGGAACUCAGUUCUGAGCCGCAGUCACCGAGGCGCGUUCCACAGAGCAGCUGAAGGAGAAGCUACAGCUGUCCAGCUGUCCAACUGCACCGUUGACAGGACACUGUGACGACCCAAAGAGUUGUCAACUACUUCUCAGCUUAAAGAAAAUGCUCAGUCUUCUCCGUCUGUCACUUCUUCUGGUCACGUGGUCCGCAUCCACCCGGGGCAGCAGUCCUCAGGACCACGAGCUCAUACUCGGCACCUUCCCACAAGGCUUUGCAUUCGGGACUGCUACAUCCGCCUAUCAGAUCGAGGGCGCAUGGCAGGAAGACGAGAUUUCUGUUAUCAUGAACUAUUUCUGUCCUAUCAUGAAGUAUCUGUCCUAUCUGAAUAUCUGUCCUACUCUUCUGUCCUUCAUGAAGGGCCCAGCAUGGGAUGUCUACUACGUACACGCGCCUGGUCACAUAGUCAACGGGCACACUGCCGACGUGGCUGACGACAGCUACCACAAGUUCCGAGAAGACGUGCAGAUGAUGGUGAAGCUGGGGGUGACGCACUACCGCUUCUCGAUCUCCUGGACACGCCUGAUGCCCAACGGAACGUCGAAGUCCAUCAACCAGCGAGGACUCGCGCACUACAAUGACGUCAUUAACGAACUGCUGGCCCACAACAUCCAGCCGUUUGUGACCUUAUACCACGAUGACCUGCCUCAGGCCCUGCAGGAGGAGGGCGGCUGGCUCAAGCGCCACCAUCCGUCAACGCGAGUUCCGCCGGGACUAACGCGGCGACUCUGCUUCCGGUCUUUCGGCGACAGGGUGAAAAGGUGGAUUACUUUCAACGAACCUCUGAUGUUUACAUGGCUGGGCUACAAUAUUGGGUACUCUGCACCCGGUGUAAAACAGAACAAUGGCACCUACGUGGGCGCCUACAUCGUCCUCAAGUCUCAUGCUGCAGCUUACCGUCUGUACGACACCCAGUACAGACCUAUACAGCAGGGUCAGGUGGGCAUUACGCUGGACAGCUAUUGGUACGAACCUAAAGACCACAACAACGCCUCUGAUGUCACUGCGCAGGCGCGCGCUAUGUCCUUCUGGCUCGGCCUCUUCGCCAGUCCGCUGUUCACGGGAGACUACCCCGAUGUUGUCAAGACCACACUGCAGGCGAAAGCUCGGAGGCUGGGGGUUGCGUCCCCCUUACCUCCCUUCUCGGAGGAGGAGAAACGUAGUAUCAAGGGUACCCUAGACUUCCUCGGCAUCAACCACUACAGCAGCCAGCUCGUGACAGACAACGGCGUUUCCUAUGACAUGUUUGGGUUUUACACAGAUCAGAGCAUCGACUUCACAAACGUUACAGGUGAUCCCAGUCUAGCUUAUCGGACAGAUACAGGUUCUGAGAACGACUACCCCCGUCUCAUGGGAUUCGGCUUGCGCAAGCUGCUGAACUACAUCCGCACCACCUACAACAACCCUGUGGUGUACAUCACUGAAAACGGCUACAGGGGCUGCGGCACGAUGAAGGACGAGAAGCGCAUUGAAUACAUUCGAGAAUACAGCAACAAUGUCCUGAAAGCCAUUCGAGACGGAUGUGACGUCAGAGGCUACUUCGUGUGGAGCCUCCUGGACAACUUCGAGUGGACAUUCGGGUACACAGUGAGGUUCGGUUUAUACUACGUGGACUUUGAGAGAGACGACAGGCCUCGCUACCCCAGGUCUAGCGCCGACUUCUACUCGCUGUUAAUUAGGGAGAGAGGCUUCACCCCAGCCGUCCUCGACUUCCGGGCAUAUCCUGCUGACCGCGACACCUUUCUGUACGACCAUUUCCCGCGCAACUUCUCGUGGGGCGUGUCCACUUCCGCCUACCAGGUGGAGGGCGCGUGGAACGAGGACGGUAAAGGACCCAGCAUCUGGGACUCGUUUGUUCACCACGGUAGCCAUGUGAUGAACAGACAGACGGGCGACGUGGCCUGCGACAGCUACCACCACAUCGCUGAUGACGUCAAGAUGCUUAAAGAUCUCGGUGUGCAGCACUACCGCUUCUCCCUCGCCUGGAGUCGCAUCCUGCCAGACGGCACACCCGAGUCGCUCAACGACUUGGGGGUUAAAUACUACAACGACCUCAUCGACGCUCUGAUCGCCAACAGCAUCCAGCCCAUGGUCACCCUGUAUCACUACGACCUGCCACAAGCCAUGCAGGACCGCGGCGGCUGGAGAAAUGAAACCAUCAUCGACCACUUCAACAACUACGCUCGUGUCUGCUUUGAACAGUUUGGAGACAGGGUGAAGUUGUGGAUCACCUUCAAUGAACCAGCGGUGGUGGCUUGGUACGGCCAUGGUAACGGCGUCUUGGCACCCGGCAUCCACGACCCCGGGGUGGGCGUGUACACAGUGGCCCACAACAUCAUCCGCUCCCACGCCAAGGCCUUCCACACCUACGACACGCACUUCCGCCACGUCUACAAGGGUAAAGUCGGCAUCACUUUGAACAUCGACUGGCAGGAGCCGAUGACGACGAGUGAAGAGGACGAGUUGGCGGCGGAGCGCGCCAUGAUGUUCAAGCUGGGGUGGUUCGGCAACCCCAUCUACGGCGACGGCGACUACCCCGAGGUGAUGAAGCGCGUGGUGGCCGAGAAAAGUCAGCGACAGGGACUGACCACCUCGCGCCUGCCCGCCUUCACCGCGGAGGAAAAGAGACUCAACAGAGAUUCCUACGACUUCCUGGGGAUUAACCACUACACAUCCCAGCUGGUCAGCAACAACCCGAAUCCAAACUCCAGCGCCAGCUACGAGAAUGAUCAGGACAUCGACACCCACGCUGACCACUGCUGGCCGGAUGUUGGGUAUGCUUGGAUGAAGUCCAACCCUUGGGGCUUACGCAACACCCUGCGCUGGGUACGGGACCGUUGGCACAACCCUCCCGUCUACAUCACCGAGAACGGCCGACCAGACGUCGAGGGCCCUAACGACAUCGACCGCAUCUACUACCAUCGCAACUACACCAACGAGGUCCUGAAAGCCAUAAAGCUGGAUGGAUGUGAUGUUCGUGGAUAUACCGCUUGGUCCCUGAUGGACAACUUUGAGUGGGUAGCUGGGUACACCCAGAGGUUUGGCCUGUACGCCGUGGACUUCAACAGCCCCAACCGCACCCGCAGCCCCAGACAGUCGGCGACCUUCUACAGGGAGCUCAUCACAGAGAACGGCUUUGUGAAAAGUUCAAAUGGCAGCACUCCCUGCAAUACCUGCAAGUCAAGCAGUGAUCACCAUCUAUUGGCUGUAAAGCUGAAACUGAAGUUGAGAAAAGCAAAGAUUGGACAGAAAAGAAACCGGCGACAGGACAUGGCCAAGCCCAAACACCCAGCAACCAAUGGCUCAGAGAAAAUGCAGAACUAUCUCUGCCUGACAGUGCUUUUGAUCACGUGGUCACCACUUGUCAAAGGCAGCAGUCCUCAAGACCACCAACUCAUACUCGGCACCUUCCCAGAAGGCUUUGCUUUUGGUACUGCUACAGCCGCCUAUCAGAUCGAGGGAGCAUGGCAACAAGACGGUAAGGGGCCCAGCAUAUGGGAUAUCUACGUACACGCGCCUGGUCACAUAGUCAACGGGUACACUGCCGACGUUGCUGACGACAGCUACAACAAGUUCAGAGAAGACGUGCAGAUGAUGGUGAAGCUGGGGGUGACGCACUACCGCUUCUCUAUCGCCUGGUCACGCCUGAUGCCCAACGGCACCUCAAGCUCAGUCAACCAGCGAGCGAUAGCGCACUACAAUGACGUCAUUAACGAGCUACUGGCCCACAACAUCCAGCCGUUUGUGACGUUAUACCAUUGGGACCUGCCUCAGGCCCUGCAGGAGGAGGGCGGCUGGCUCAACCCCGCCAUCGUCAACUACUUCCGGGACUACGCCGACCUCUGCUUCCGGUCUUUCGGCGACAGGGUAAAAGGGUGGAUUACAUUUAAUGAGCCGUUCGUCUUUACAUUUGUGGGAUACGAGGUUGGAUACUUUGCCCCCGCCGUGAGGCAGAGUAACGGCACCUACGUCAGCGCCAACAACGUCCUCAAGUCUCAUGCUGCAGCUUACCAUCUGUACGACACCCAGUACAGACAUAUACAGCAGGGUCAGGUGGGCAUUACCCUGGAUAGUGAGUGGUACGAACCUAAAGACCAGGCAAAUGCAUCUGAUGUCACUGCGCAGGCGCGCGCUAUGUCCUUCCGGCUCGGCCUCUUCGCCAGUCCACUGUUCACGGGAGACUACCCCGAUGUUGUCAAGACCACACUGCAGGCGAAAGCUCAGAGGCUGGGGGUUGCGUCCCCCUUACCUCCCUUCUCGGAGGAGGAGAAACGUAGUAUCAAGGGCAGCCUGGACUUUCUCGGAAUCAACCACUACAGCACGAAGCUUGUGACAGACAACGGGCUUUCUUACGAUUCCUUUGGUUUCAACAAUGACCAAAGCAUCGAGUUUACAACUGAUGCUAGUGCUCCCAGUCUAGCUUAUCGGACAGAUACAGGUUCUGAGAACGACUACCCCCGUCUCCUGGGAUUCGGCUUGCGCAAGCUGCUGAACUACAUCCGCACCACCUACAACAACCCUGUGGUGUACAUCACUGAAAACGGCUACAAGGGCUGCGGCACGAUGAAGGACGAGAAGCGCAUUGAAUACAUUCGAGAAUACAGCAACAAUGUCCUGAAAGCCAUACGAGACGGAUGUGACGUCAGAGGCUACUUCGUGUGGAGCCUCCUGGACAACUUCGAGUGGAAUCAGGGUUACUCAGUGAGGUUCGGUUUAUACUACGUGGACUUUGAGAGAGACGACAGGCCUCGCUACCCCAGGUCUAGCGCCGACUUCUACUCGCUGUUAAUUAGGGAGAGAGGCUUCACCCCAGCCGUCCUCGACUUCCGGGCAUAUCCUGCUGACCGCGACACCUUUCUGUACGACCAUUUCCCGCGCAACUUCUCGUGGGGCGUGGCCACGGCGGCCUACCAGGUGGAGGGCGCGUGGAACGAGGACGGCAAAGGCCCCAGCAUCUGGGACACGUUUGUUCAUCACGGCAACCACAUCGCCAACAAGGACACGGGCGAUGUGGCCUGCGACAGCUACCACCACAUCGCCGACGACGUCAGGAUUCUGAAAGAGCUGGGGGUGCAGCACUACCGCUUCUCCAUCGCCUGGAGCCGCAUUCUGCCAGACGGCACACCCGAGUCGCUCAACGACUUGGGGGUUAAAUACUACAACGACCUCAUCGACGCUCUGAUCGCCAACAACAUCCAGCCCAUGGUCACCCUGUAUCACUGGGACCUGCCACAAGCCCUGCAGGACCGCGGAGGCUGGAGAAAUGAAACCAUCAUCGACCACUUCAACAACUACGCUCGUGUCUGCUUUGAACAGUUUGGAGACAGGGUGAAGCUGUGGAUCACGUUCAACGAAGCUUUCGUCGUGUCCUGGCUCGGCCAUGGUAACGGCGCCUUCGCACCCGGCAUCCACGACCCCGCGGUAGGCGUGUACACAGUGGCCCACAACAUCAUCCGCUCCCACGCCAAGGCCUUCCACACCUACGACACGCACUUCCGCCAUGUCUACAAUGGAAAGGUCGGCAUCACCCUGGACAUCGAGUGGAAGGAGCCGAUGACGACAAGUGAAGAGGACGAGUUGGCGGCGGAGCGCGCCAUGAUGUUCAAGCUGGGGUGGUUCGGCAACCCCAUCUACGGCGACGGCGACUACCCCGAGGUGAUGAAGCGCGUGGUGGCCGAGAAAAGUCAGCGACAGGGACUGACCACCUCGCGCCUGCCCGCCUUCACCGCGGAGGAAAAGAGACUCAACAGAGGUGCCUACGACUUUCUGGGCAUCAACCACUACACCACCAACCUCAUCAGCAACAACCCAAGCCCCAACUCGGACGCCAGCUACGAGAAUGACCAGGACAUCGACUACCACACCGACCACUGUUGGCAGGACGUUGGAAAUGGGUGGCUACGGGUUAAUCCUUGGGGCAUACGUAACGUCCUUCGCUGGGUACGUGACCGUUGGCAAAAUCCUCCCGUCUACAUCACCGAGAACGGCCGACCAGACGUCGAGGGCCCUAACGACAUCGACCGCAUCUACUACCAUCGCAACUACACCAACGAGCUCCUGAAAGCCAUAAAGCUGGAUGGAUGUGAUGUUCGUGGAUAUACCGCCUGGUCCCUGAUGGACAACUUUGAGUGGACAUCCGGGUACACCCAGAGGUUUGGCCUGUACGCCGUGGACUUCAACAGCCCCAACCGCACCCGCAGCCCCAGACAGUCGGCGACCUUCUACAGGGAGCUCAUCACAGAGAACGGCUUUGUGAAAAGUUGAAGAAGGUUCCUAUGACAAGACUUUUUUCUUUACACUGUGUACUUGUUGACACUAAUAAACAAUUUCCUGCUCA